AAAUUACAUUAAGUAAUUGUUCACGUGCUCUUGCUUUUAAGAGUCGAUAAGAGAACGCUCUUGCCGUUCGACCCCAUUACCAAUUCGUUUUAUCUGGGAAACACCUGAGCAAAGAGUUGAAGAGCGAGAGCGCGCCUCGUUGAUAGGCACUCAAUAGCUAUAAACUAUAUACAUAUGUACAUACUUGUAGAAAUACAACUUAUCAAACAAAAAACUUUCAUUAGCAAAAUUACCAAGUAUAGUAGGAAAAAUAUCGUUGGUCGGUAAAUUAACAAAACUACAUGCACAAGCAACUGAAAGUAUUUAACCAGCGUAAACGUAUUGUGUAUAACCAGCUAAGCACCAAAGAUGAAGUCGAGCUGGAGUUGUGGCCAGAUAGCCAGUCCUCAGAAAUCCUCAGCAGCAGCAUGUCGCCCAGCAAGGAGCAGGAAGCGGGCGACAGCGACUCAACCCAUCAGCCCCAAGUUCUGGUGGCACCUCCGGGGGCAGCGCACGGCAGAAGAAAUGAUCGCAGCUUGUGGCGUGAUUUGACAGCCUAUUGGAUACUGGGUCUGUGCAACAACUAUGGCUAUGUGGUGAUGUUGAGUGCGGCUCAUGAUAUCAUCGCACAGUUCAAUGAUGAAACUGAAGAUGACUCUGCGGAUGGCGGUGCUGGACGUCAAUGCCAUCUGGUAUCAACAGGUGCUAUAUUGCUGGCUGAUGUGUUGCCCUCCCUCUUUGUCAAAAUGCUGAUGCCCUUCUUUCCAUUUUGGGUGAACAUACGCAUUGGCUUGGCCGUGGCUUUCUCAGCGGCGGGUUUUCUCCUUGUUGGAUUUGCCAAUGCGGAGUGGAUGGCUCUGUUGGGGGUCAUCAUAACUUCGGCCAGCAGUGGCAUUGGCGAGACCACCUUUUUGGCCUACUCCUCGCACUUUAAUAAAAAUGUGAUAUCCACCUGGUCCUCUGGUACUGGCGGUGCCGGCGUUAUUGGCUCCCUCAGCUAUGCAACGCUUCGCUCUCUUGAUGUCAGUCCUCGCGAUACUAUGCUGAUAAUGCUCAUCUUCCCAGUCAUUGAGGCGUUAUCUUUCUGGCUGCUACUGCGCCGUCCACAAAUUCUGCCAGUAAGCACUGUCGAGUCGACGGAGGAGCUGAUUAGUGACGACAAACCACUGGUGGGAUUCAAAGAAAAAUUACUUUAUAUCAAACAGCUGUUUAAGUAUAUGCUGCCCUUGGCAUUGGUUUACUUUUUCGAAUACUUUAUCAAUCAGGGCUUGUUCGAACUGGUCUUCUUUGAGAACAGCGUGCUGGACAAGGCCGCACAAUAUCGCUGGCUGAACGUGGACUACCAAAUUGGCGUGUUCAUAUCGCGUUCCUCGGUGAACGUUUUUCAACUGAACAAAAUCUGGCUCAUGUCCAUCUUUCAGUUCAUUAAUGUGGCCUACUUCCUUACGGAAGUCAUUUGGUUCUACACGCCCAGCAUUUGGAUUGUGUUCGUUAUUGUUCUGUGGGAGGGUCUGUUAGGCGGUGGUGCCUAUGUGAACACCUUCUAUCGCAUGUCCAAAGAGAUAUCGCCCGAGCGACGACAGUUUGCCAUGGCCAUGGUCGUCCAAUCGGACUCUUAUGGCAUUGCACUCGCCGGUUUCCUGGCCAUACCAGUCCACAACGCCAUUUGCGGGCUGCCUGCGCCCACUCGCACACUGACGUGGUAGUCGAUGGGGUUCCAGCAUGCAUGUAGCUGGGAAAGAGUAUUAGUAUUAUAUGCGUCUACCUCUAUAUAAGCAUAGAUGGUGCAGCCACCAAAGAGGGAAGCGCUUGUUAAGUAGCCCAAGGCCAAUAAUAUUGUUGUCGCUUAAUUAUAAUUAUAGCUUGGCAAUUAAUGUUGGGUAUAUAGUUUGUUAGAUUUGUACAUUUUUGAUAGAUGCUUUAAUUUGAGCAUCUAAUAAGCGUUACAAUCGAGUAUAAGGACAGUCUCUUAAAAACAUGAUUUUCCCAUGUACGAUUUAAAAUCACUUAUGAAACUUUUAACUCGUGUUAAAAGUCUAAAUAUAAAACAAAAAAGGGUCAGACUAUUUGUAUCUUUUGUUAUCAAAAGAGGGCUCUCUGUACCCCACGCUCAACUAAUAAAUAAAUCAUCACUUCCCAUCCAUUCUCAGCAGAAUAUAUAAGUAUAUUCCCCAUAACAAAAAAUAAAUUGAAUAUUACAAACAAA